CAAAAAAUGAAAACCCUAGCACGGGUAUCAUACAUAUAUAAGAUACAGAACUUGCUGGUUUUGCCUCCUUCACAAGCGCAUUCUCGAUCUGCCUCUUCACUCUUCACACUCACUAGAAACCGCAACCGCCGCAGCCAUUCCUUUUCUUUAAGAUGGCAGUUACAUUGUAUGACCUUGGCUCUGCAUCUGGGUUGAAGAAGCUUGAUGAGUACCUUCUCACCCGCAGUUACAUCACUGGGUACCAAGCUUCAAAGGAUGACCUUACAGUGUAUGCAGCUUUAUCAAAAGUUCCAUCUGCUGAAUAUGUGAAUGUGUGCAGGUGGUACAAGCAUAUCGAUGCAUUGUUGAGAAUCUCGGGUGUUUCUGGUGAGGGAUCUGUUGUCACUGUGAAGUCUUCUCUCGUCGCUGAAGCUGUUGCCACUCCUCCACCAGCUGACUCUAAGGCUGCUGCGGCUGAUGAUGACGAUGAUGAUCUGGAAAAUCAUCUGUUUUGAUGGAUAUCAAGCCAUGGGAUGAUGAAACUGACAUGAAAAAGCUUGAAGAAGCAGUGAGAGGUGUUCAGAUGGAAGGAUUGCUUUGGGGAGCAUCCAAACUUGUUCCUGUUGGGUAUGGUAUCAAGAAACUGCAAAUCAUGCUUACUAUUGUGGAUGAUUUGGUCUCUGUCGAUUCGCUCAUCGAGGAGCAACUUACAGUCGAGCCGAUCAACGAAUAUGUCCAGAGUUGUGACAUUGUUGCUUUCAACAAAAUAUAAAUUGUGAUAAUCUACUAUUAAAGGGGGACUUGGAAAGGUUUUAGAACUUCUAUGUUAGGAACUACUGGAAGUUGAGAAUGUUUUUUGUCUGUUCCAUACGCCAUUGUUAUUGUUCUAUGAUUAAUGAUGUCGACUGUCUUUUUGGAAAUGUGAUCAACUGAUAAUUAUGCUUUGGGUUGGAAUCUUUUUGGUAUUCUAUUUGCCAAUGAUAAUGAUUUUGUUAUUUUAGUUUAUGUUUAA